AUGGGCGCCGCCCUGUCCGGCAUCAAGGUGCUCAUCGUCCCCGCCACCAUCUCCCUCGCGCUCUUCCUCCUCGUCACCUUUGCCGUGCUGCCGCUCUGGCGACGUUACCGCAACCGCUACAGCCAGUACCUGCCGCUCGGCUCGCUCGGCUCGGCGGAGUCGCUGCGAGACCGCAUCGCGGGCCGCCUGGCCGCUCUCACGCUACCGUCGACGUGGCGGCGGGAUAGGGGCCGCUUCGCGGCUGGAACGGCCGACGAGGGGGAGGCAGACACGGGCGAGGAGCUGGGCCGCGUCGGGACGGGCGCUACCGCUGGGCGCACGACGACGGGCUUCGUGCUGAGUAUUCUGAAUCUUCCCGUCCUCAUUGAUCAUGUAUUCGUGUCAACCUACAACGGCUCCGAGGCAUGGAGUGUCUCGUCGGUCUGGACCGUCAUUGACCUCGACAGUUCCUCCACCUUGUCCUGCUUGUCCUCCUCCACCUCGGUGCCGCGUCUCGUCGACCCUCCCCAAAAGCUAUCCGUUUCAUCCGCCAAGUUGAGCACCAACCCGGAUCUCUUCUCCCAGGACACGUUCGCGUUCCGCUGCGGCCUCUGGCGGACGGGCGGUGGCUCAAUGUCCUUCUCCCCAUCUCCGUCGCCACCCAGCGGCACCGACGACACCGGGUUGCAUCGCAAGGGAUCUUCGUGCGAGCGGCCGUACAUCAAGAUGCUUGUGCGUCCGUCUUCGCUCUGCGUGGCAUUAUUGGGCGCGUCCGUGUUGGCUGUCGAUUGUGUCGUCUUGGACGCUGCGGACUGGCGAGCGGCUUCGCGUGGCCGGGACGGCGGCGCGCCAGGGUGA